AUGAACGGUAAUGUAGCAACAGCAGAAAUACGUAAAAUUGAAGAAGAAUUCACAAUCCGAAAUUUUCAAGCAAUAACAACAACAAAUACAACACUCACUAAAUCUCCGGCUGUAUCACCUACAAUUACAAAUUUUGAAUUUCCUCCAUCAUCAUUAUUUAACAAAACUGCACCUUUAUCACCAGUUUCAGAAUCAAAUAAUCAUUUAAAACCAUUUACUCAAAAGAAUAGAUUUUUACAAAGAAGAGUAUCAAAUCUUGAUCAAUUCUCUUUUCAAAACAAUUCAUUUUCAAUCACAAGUUUAUUAUUAAAACCUAAAAUAUCGAUAAAAAACAACAAAAUCCCUUUACCGUCCCCAUCACCAAUACCUCCAUCACCGACUUUUCCUAUCAUUGAAAAUAGUACUAUCAAUACUAUUACUAAACGUUCUCCUUUAAUAAUUGCUUUAACUAGAUUAGCUGGUGCGUGAAGAAGAUAAAGAU